AAGUAAUAUUUCAAAAUGGACCAAGAAACUGACAGAUAUACUAGAUGGAAAUUGAAGAAGAUUAAUAAAUGUUGGUUUUUAGAUGUUGAUGGUAAACUGAAAGGGAUGAAUAUCCUAAAGUUUGCAAAUGAUGUCUACAUGGAGGACAACAUUAUUUUCGCGGAUGAUAAAAUGUAUCAACUUACGAAGAGUAACAAUGAUGUCCUGAUAACAGAAAUACAAGAUAUAUGCCAAACAGAUAAACCUUCUGAAUGUGAGAGAAAAGAACCCUUUUUAAAUGUAGAAAAGGAAGAGCUUCAUGCAGAUGGCAAUGAUCGCGAAAGGGGGUUUGAUAUGACUCUAAAAGAAAAUCAUGAAAUUCAUUUGAAUGUCAACCAGGAUGCUAUUCAAAGUAGUUCAACUUGGGAACUCACUCCAACAGAAGAUACCGAAAAUGACGACAAGAUAUGGUCAGAUCCGGAAAAAGAGAUGAAUCAUGAACUGGGUAGUGACCUGUAUGUACCAGAGGAAGAGGAAUAUACGAUUAAUGAAGAUGAUAUAUCAACAGAUUCGGAACAAGAGGAGGAUUAUGAACUUGGUAGCGAGCAGUAUGUUGAUCUACUUAAGGAAGGAAAGAUAAGUGGAUUCUUUAAACGCAUUAAGAAAAUUGUGAAAAGAAAACCGAGUUUGAAACAAGAAUCCAUCGAGAAAGACAAGGAGGACUAUGACUGCAAUUUAUCACAACUUAAGAAGAAUACACCUGUUGAUGAUGCUUUUAUAGUAUGUGCCAUGUAUGACUUCGAUGCAGUUAAAGAUGAUGAUAUCAGCUUUAGAAGGGGAGAUAAGUUGGAAGUUGAUGAGAAAUCCAGCCGCGAUUGUGAUUGGUGGGCAGCUCGACAUCUGACCACGGGAGAGAAAGGUUACAUCCCAAGUAACUUUGUCACAAAGGACGAAUACUCUCCACAGUCUCAAGACUGGUGGUAUAAUGUAGACAGGAAGGAAGCCGAAAAUCAACUUUUGUUGCCAGGCAACCCUACAGGAACUUUUCUCAUGAGAGAAUCUGAAGGUAUAUAUGUGCUGUCUGUGCGAGACUUUGAUUCGAAGACAAAUGAUGCGUGUGUCAGACAUUACAAAAUAAGAAGGUUAGAAAAUGGAAGAUUCUGCAUCAGUCCAAAGAGAACUUUUGGCAACAUGCUUGAUCUGAUCUUUCACUACAGAAAUGUAGCUGAUGGACUAAGCUGUAAGUUGGAGAGUUCAUGCCCACAAAUUCGACCUCUUGUACAGUUCAGGGAGCUAGAAGUAUCAAGGGAGUCGGUGAAACUUCUGAAGAAAAUUGGAGGAAGUUGUUUUGCAGAGGUUUACGCUGGUAAAUGGCGUAAAACAGUAGACGUGGCUGUGAAAGCAUUGAAGCAAGGUCAGAUGACGGCUGACGAUUUUCUGGCCGAGGCAAAUCUCAUGCAUCAUUUAAGACAUAAUAAACUUGUACAGCUGAUGGCAGUGUGUACAAUAUCAGAACCUAUCUGGAUUAUAACUGAGCUCAUGAUUCACGGGGCCCUAUUGGAUUACUUACGCAAAGAUGAGGGCAAAACCCUCGGCUUCUAUUCAUUAGUUGAUAUGACUGGCCAGAUAGCUGAUGGCAUGGCGUAUCUAGGGACAGAGAAUAUUGUACAUAGAGAUCUGAGGGCUGCUAAUAUUCUUGUGGGUGAUCACAACGAAGUAAAGGUGGCAGGGUUUGGUCUUGCAAAGGUGAUGCAGAAAGAUAUUUAUGAGGGUCAAGGAA